GAUAAAAAACAGAUGUUUUUUUCCUUCCCCGGUGCGGUGUUUUGGCAAAAGUUAAUUUAAUUUUAUACACUAAAAACAAUGAAUUCCAUUUGGUGUAGUGGCUCAAUUAUGUAAUAUUUAUUUAGUAUAAGUUGUGUUGAUAACCAUUUAUUGUUUGUUUUCACUUCAACAAUGUUCCCAACAAAUCAUAAAACAAUAUUUGUUUUGGAUCACACUCCUUACUUUGGGAUUUCUUCGGACUUUCCUAUAGACUUCGAUACAUCAAAGAGCCGCGGUCCUGGCUAUGUGCCUUUGCCGCCAGUUUGCAAGUCCUUGUGGACUUGUAGCGUAGAGGCUGCCGUUGAAUACUGUAGAAUAGUUUGGGAUUUAUUUCCUGAAGGGAAACUGGUACGAUUUGUUGUUAGUGAUUCUGCAGCUCAUAUUUUAAACACAUGGGCUGUAACACAGCAAAAUCUAACACAUAUUCUAAAUGGAUUAUGCCUAGUGGGUCCUGUGAGGCGCGGCGCUGGUGGAGACGUGGUAGGCUUGUGUGCCGCCAUAGAGGCUUUGGCUGAGCCCUCUCCUACGCAAGCUGCUCAGCCAGCUGCCGAGAGACUGUUACAGAAUCGGGGAAGAAUAAUAUGCAUAACAAGUGCUAGAGAUGAUGACUCCAUAAGAAGUUUAGCAGGCAUAGCGAUGAACACACUCAUACAGCAAAACAAAAAGGCUACUAUGCCUCAGCCUUCCAAUAGCCCUGAAGCAACAGCUGCUCCUACAUCUCUAGUGGUUCAUUACUGUCACCUAGUGAUCAUAAAUGUCACACCAGAGAAGGCAGACACGAGAGUCAACAACCAAUCACUGACUGAGAUGGGAGGUGGUCUUAUGGGUGUAGAAGUGAUAGUGUCCAGGGCCAGUAAUCUAGCUAAUCUGUUAGGCCGUUUGGUACUGCCACACUAUAGGCUAGCAACCACCACGGUCACUGGUAUUCCUAUGAAGGAAGAACAAAAUGCAAGCUCCAGUGCAAACUAUGACGUAGAGAUAAUUCACUCGUCAGACGCUCACACAGGCUUGAGGGCUUCCCAAACAGCUGCUGAAGCAUCGGAAUCUGUGGUGCUCCGCUGGUGGACCCCCCGGGGGGCCGAGGGCGGCGCCGGCAGCUGCAGCGGGCCGCUGUGGCACGUGACGCCCGCCGACGUGGCGUCGCGGCCGUCCGCCUGCCUGGUCAACUUCCUGCUCAACGGCCGCUCCGUCACGCUCGAGGUGCCCAGGUCCGUAGGGCUCCGCUGGACCCCCCGGGGGGCCGAAGGCGGCGCUGGCAGCUGCAGCGGGCCGCUGUGGCGCGUGACGCCCGCCGACGUGGCGUCGCGGCCGUCCGCCUGCCUGGUCAACUUCCUGCUCAACGGCCGCUCCGUCACGCUCGAGGUGCCCAGUCGCAAAGGCGGGGGCAGGUCAGCCUCCCACGUGUUGGCAGCGCAGGGCGGCGAGCUGUGGAUCGGCGCGCUGGGCGGCCGCACGCCCUACGACGACCCGCCCGCCCUGUCCGAAGGCGCGGGCGGGAGGGUCACCGACUACAGAAUAAAAGAAUUCGGCGCGCUAAUGCAACAGAACCGGCUCGCUCCGUUACGCGGCGCGGGCGCCAACGGGCGGUCGCGUGCGCGUCUUCAAAGGCACACCACGUACUGGCCGCUUACCAUAUCAUCCACGCUUAUAUUCAACCUGGGAUCGACCAUGGAGCCGUUAACAAGGCUGGUGGUUCAAGAGUCCCUGACUGACGACGAGGUGGACACGUGUCGAGGCGUGCUGGUCAAUCUAUUGGGCAUGGAGUCAAGGCAUGAGUUCCCUUCUGCACAGUUGCCUUCCAAUAUGAGAGGCAAAUCCAGCGGGCGCCGCGAAGAGCAAUGGCGGCAAGUAUGGAGCGAGUUGGAAGCGCUAUUGCGCGCGCAUUCCGCGUCGUCCGCGCAUCGCGCGUUACUACGAGUGCUGCUAGAGUGCCGCGCCCACAACAACCACGCAUCCGACAGCGAGUCUCGGGCGACUGUCAUUCGUGCGACAACAGAUUCUCCUCUGUCGCCAGUGGGUGCGGGCAACGGGUCCAACGCGGGUGACGUUUGGGCCCCCCGGAAUGUUCUCGACGCGCUACUGGGCGGGCCGAGGCCCUCACGUCGGCCUGACUUCGCGGGUAGAAUGGCGGCCGGCAACAGAAUCGCGACUCUCUACCCUCAGUUGCAGCAAGACGUCGAGGCCCAACAUUAGACUACCUUCCGAAGCAGACUUCUUCGUAUAUAGAUCGUGCCAUCCACAAAGACAUGCCCCACCAAUUUUUGGUCGAGAGAAGCGUGGGGUGCGGGGAAUUUGAUCCGAGCAAUCCGAGCGAUAUUAUUGUAGUGUGCGUGUGCACUCAUGGAUAAUUUAGCGUGUACGUGUACCGAUAACACUCAAACAUUAACGAAAGAAGGGUGGGGCGCGUCUUCGUGGAUGGCACGAUCUAUACUUUACUCCAUAAAUGCAAAGAGUUCUAAGUAUACUAAUAGACAGCUUAGGUGGUGAGAUUAUAGUAAGAUUUAUUGGUCAAAGAACUACGGUCAAAUCUACAAGUCAAUAGUCGAUUGUGAGCGAGUGACAACAUACAGGGUGGAAACGUUAAGUGAUCUCACUCGAUUAUUUCUAAACUAUACA